AUGCCGAAUGUAGAAAUAGAGUACUGCAUCAAAGCGAGAGCAUUCAAAUCAAGUUUACUUGGAGAAUUGGCCAUGAAGUCGACGCAGCAGGUGAUGUUGGAGGACUGUUUGGGUGCUAGCGGGGUUCCCUGCAAAGAUUUCUCCAUCGACAACCUUCUGAACUUGUCGAAUGCUGAGUUUGAAGACGGGUACGUCAUGGAACAAGAAGAGGAAGAUGAAGAAGUGGAGAAAGGUUCUCUUUCAGGCUGUUCCUCUCAAGACCAGGCCGAUGAGGAUAGUUCCAAUUCUACAAAUUUCUCCGGCACAGCUGAGUCUGAGUCUCAUCUCUCCAGCGGGCUUGCUGUUCCGGCUCUGAUCCAUGCUGGUCCAGCGCCCCACCUCGAUUCUCUGAACCCCUGUAGAAAGUUGAAACAUCUCAUGAUGCCAUCCCAGCAGACGACAGAACCCGAAAAUCGUAUUGAACUGGUGCCAGAGAUCAAAGCACUUGAUUUUGAGAAGUUAAACGCCUUUCAUGGCGCACUUCAGAGAAGCAAAAUUAAAGGCAUCGAGUGA